UUCAAGUGCUGGGCCUUAGGCUAAAAAGUGAUUUUUGUCUUUAGAAUGAAUUUCAGUAUUUAAGGUCAUAUUAUUUGGAGGAGUAGAUUGCGUAGAUUGUAGAGAAAUGGCACUUGAAACUCUUUCUUCCAACGAGCUCUUGAACUUCAUUAUCUGUGAUACUAUAUCUGCAACCCCAUAUAGCAUCCAUGACUCUUUCGUGACUAAUUUCUCAUUGGAAAGUAGUUUCAGUUCCCAAGAACAAGCUAGUAGUGCUUUGAAUUGCUUUUCAAUGGUGACAACUCCACAAUGCCGCUCAACAGGAGCGGAAGCUGUUGAACGGAGGCCGAACUUGGCAGUUCAAGGGAGGAAAAAGAGAAGGAGAAAACCAAGGAUUUGGAAGAACAAAGAAGAGGCUGAGACACAAAGAAUGACGCACAUUGCUGUUGAGAGAAACAGGCGAAAGCAAAUGAAUGAGCAUCUGGCUGUUUUACGCUCCCUCAUGCCUGAAUCUUAUGUCCAAAGGGGUGAUCAAGCGUCCAUAGUUGGUGGUGCUAUAGAGUUUGUCAAGGAACUUGAGCAUCUUUUGCAGACCCUUGAAGCUGAAAAGCUUCGAGUACUGCAACAAGUAAGACCAGCUGCAGCCAAUGAAGAAAUUGCCACCAACUCCAAAUUGCCUUCACCACCAUUUGCACAAUUUUUUAUGUAUCCUCAGUACACCUGGUCCCAGAUCCCUAUCAAAUGUACAUCAAAGACUAAGGCAUCAAUAGCGGAUAUUGAGGUGACAUUGAUUGAAACUCAUGCUAAUCUUCGAAUUCUCUCACGAAAAGGUCCCAGGCAACUUUCCAUGCUUGUUGAUGGUUUUCAGUCACUUUACCUUUCCAUUCUCCACCUUAAUGUCACAACCAUGGAUCCAUUAGUUCUUUACUCUAUAAGUGCCAAGGUUGAAGAAGGAUGCCAACUCAGUUCAGUAGAUGAUAUAGCAGGUGCAGUUCACCACAUGCUGAGAAUAAUUGAGGAAGAUACAACUGCCUUAUAUUGAUCAACUUAAAAUACCCUCUGGUUCAUAUUGAAAUCACCCACCUUUUCUUCAUUGUUUAGGGUUUUUUUUAGUGGGUGGGUGGGUUUGUUUGUCAAGUUUCUGCAUUUUUAGUUUUUAUUGCUAUUUUCUCCUGUUUGUAGCUUGAGUCAAUUAAAAGUGUGUUUUGAGUUUUUCAUAGGCAUGAUUUAUCAUCAGGAUGUUCAUCUGGUAAA